GAGUCACUGCCUACCAUGCUGAGAAUACCAUGGAAAACAAUCGUUGGGUUAUUUCAAGAGGCGUCAAUCGAUCCAAUUGUAAGUGAGCUACAAAUCUUUAUCAAGCGGCUCCCUACCAAACCAGCUCGUGUGAUUCUUGGUGGUGGAUACUCCACGAUGAGUAUCGUUAGGGAUGCGUUGUUUGAGCUUGUGGCAGCUGGAGCUAUCGAUAUGGCUGCAAAUCCUGAUAUUGUUGAAUCAAGGCUUCUCAAGUCUUCGUAUUCCAUUUUGACAAAAUUUCCAUGGUCGGAAAGAGAAGGACCACGUGAUAUUUAUCAGCCCUCCUGGAGCGAAUUUGAUCAGUCGUAAGAAUUUAAAGCUCAUGAUUGGAUGGGUAAAGUAGGUGACAAGAUCUCGUCGCAACAAAUCUUCACCUCAGAUAGUAAAGAGUA